AUGGAACGAAAGGAGAAAAAGGCUCCUUCAUCAGUGAGUUCUGUGCCUCAAUUUGGAGGGUGGGAUCAGAGGGAUCCAGGAUCUACAAACUAUUCAAUGGUUUUUGCUCAAGCACGUGCAAACAAGAAGAGUAUGAAGAAUGAUUUGACUGAAUCAAUUAAGCGUGCAAGCCUUGGGAGUGAUGAAGAGUUUCUUAAUGCUAAUGCUAAUCAUGCUCAAGGAAAAUCUCAUGCUAAUGCUAAUGCUAUUGUUAAUGUUAAUCAUGCUCGUCAAGAUGAACCUCUUGGCAUGGGGAGGAGAAGGAUCCCAACCUUCAUAGAUUGCUGUAUUAGGCCACGAUAUGUGAUAGAAUAA